UCUCACUCUUAUUUGGAUCUCGAUCUCGACCUCCCAAAAAAACAAUGAACAAGAUGAUCUUCCUCCUCUUCAUCAUCAUUUUCAUUAUAUCUCCACUACAAGUCCAAUCCCAAACCAUCCCAAGAAACAUCAGCAUAUUCAUAUUAGCCGGUCAAAGCAACAUGGCCGGCCGAGGCGGCGUUUAUAACGACACCGCCAAAAACAUAACCGUGUGGGACGGCGUUAUUCCACGGGAGUGUAGAUCAAACCCUUCUAUUCUCCGUCUCACAGCCAAGCUACAAUGGGAAGAAGCUAACGAGCCACUCCACGCUGAUAUAGACGUUAACAAGACUAAUGGUGUUGGACCGGGGAUGCCAUUUGCUAACCGGGUGGUUAACCGUUUUGGUUAUGUGGGUUUGGUUCCGUGCUCUAUCGGUGGGACUAAACUAAGCCAAUGGCAAAAGGGUGAGUUUUUGUACGAGGAGACGGUGAAGAGAGCUAAAGCUGCAAAGGUGGCUAGUGGAGGUGGCUCGUACGAGGCGGUUUUGUGGUAUCAGGGUGAGUCGGAUACGGUGGAUAUGGUGGAUGCUUCAGUUUAUAAAAAGAGACUAGUUCAGUUUUUCAGUGAUCUACGAAAUGAUUUGCAACAUCCCAAUCUUCCUAUUAUUCAGGUGGCUCUUGCUACAGGCGCAGGACCAUACCUUGACGCGGUAAGAAAAGCACAACUGGAGACAGGUCUUGACAACGUGCAUUGUGUUGACGCAAAGGGCCUACCUCUUGAACCGGACGGCCUCCAUCUGACCACGUCUUCUCAGGUCCGGCUUGGUCAGAUGAUGGUUGAUGCCUUCUUGGCCAUUCCCAAUUCAGCCAAACCACUCUCUGGCAUUUCUGUCUUUGUUCUUUUUUCGCUGUUCUUUUUAUAGUACUAUCAUUGGACCUACAUUGAAAAUUUUUUGGAUACUUGUUUAUGAUAUUUAGGGAAUACAGCUUGAAAUGAUUCGAUCAUAUCACUGGAUAUGAUUAAAAAAAAGAAAAGUACAAGACAAAACAUAAUUAAAACUGGUGGUCAUACACAGAAUGUACUUAUAGAUAACUUUGGUUGGAUGAUACAACCUUAUAAACAUGGGAAUGCACAAAGAGAGUUCUCUCGCCUAAACUAUGUAACAAAAUGAAUUUUUGUAAUAAACAAAAACAAAACUCGAUGCAAAUGCACAACGAUAAAAAUGGAAGUUACCUUUCAAUCAAUUUCACAAAAUGAUUUUUUUCUGUAAUCUUGCAAAUCACCAAUUGGGUUAAUGAAGACUGAAUCAACACAUAGACCGCCUUUUGAGUGAGUGCAAUCAAUCUGUUUCAUGGACCAUUUGAUCUCGGUAAAUGGUUCUGUUCCAGUCACUACGAACUCCCCAACCUUGUAAUCGAUCCAGAAACCGCGCUUGUGGUGGCCGUGUGAUUCUUCUCUCUUUACAUCGUCCAAGUAGUAUUCACAUGAUGCUUCUUGACCAUCAGAGGUUGAAAGUGAAAACCUUACCGGCUUCAAAUCCCAACCGUGAGUGUGUUCGUAGUUGCACACGCGUCUCCCUGACUUUUUUGCGAACCCGCCUAGAUGGAUUCUGAAUGAUAGAGAGUAGAUACCAGGUGGGAGAUGGAAUGUCACUGUCCCAUCAACUUCAAACCACCAAAUCUGCUGUAAGUAGGCUACCACAUGGAACCUGUUCAAUGCAAGAUUAAAAAAACAGAUUUUUACAUUAUUUUUCCCCAAAAAAAAAACAAAACAAUACAUCGUUUAUAUCGAGCAAAAGUUGUAUGCCUCAAGACGAUCACAAUGUCAAUAUUCACAUGCUUCACCACAGAAAGUUCAAAACUUUUUCUUUGGUGAAUAAAAAAGAUCAUGCAAGAACACUCAAUAGUCUAUAAUAACUAUAUUCAUCAAACACACAAAAGCAGAGUCACAAUCACAAACAAAGAGAAACAGACCACACUAAUCAAACACCAAUCCUCACGCAAACUUUUCAAGUACUAUUCAGGUCAAAUGACAUUAUGACCACAAACCAAAGUAAAGCAAUGAUCUUGACAUCAAAUCUUCUAAAAAAACUGUAUUAAGAAAAUUCAAAAUUCAGCAAAAAAGUGUAAUACCUAGAUUCAUCAGUAGGAACCCAACUCCAAUAUCUCCUGUCUUCAAUCCCAGUAAUAGCCAUCCCUCUCGCAGAAACCGCCAUACAAACCCGUCCCGUUACUCUAUCAAUCCACAGCUCCU